UCCCCCGAGGCUGCCCUGCGCGGCCACAAACAGCCCGGGAGUCAGCUCCGUGUUCCUGCGACUGGCUGGCGGCUGUCGGGGUGCUGCUCCCCAGGUCCCAGGAGGGAAAGCUCUCUUGGAAGAGCUGGAAAGGUGCCCGACUCCGGCCAUGCUGGCGCUGCUCUGUGCCUACCUGCUCCUGACGUCCCUCGCCUCUUAUGUCUCCACCGACCCGGACCUGGAGCAGCCCAGCUCCCGCAUAGGGGAGCAGAUCCGCGACAUGUACGCCAAAGUGACGGAGAUCUGGCAGGAGCUGACGCAGCGGUGGGCGGUGGGCGGCGGCCAGGACGCCGCGCUACACGCCUCCUGCCCCGUGCUGCCGUCGGCCACGCUGGACGCGGCGCAGCCCCGCGUGAGCGGCGUCGUGCUCUUCCGGCAGCUCCGGCCCGGCGCCUUGCUCGAGGCCUUCUUCCACCUGGAGGGGUUCCCGGCCGAGCCCAACGGCACCAGCCGCGCCAUCCACGUGCACCAGUUCGGGGACCUGAGCCAGGGCUGCGACUCCACCGGCGCGCACUACAACCCGCUGGCCGUGCCCCACCCGCAGCACCCGGGCGACUUCGGCAACUUCGUGGUGCGCGACGGCCAAGUCUGGAAGUACCGCUCCGGCCUGGCCGCCUCGCUCUCCGGCCCGCACUCGAUCGCGGGCCGCUCCGUGGUGAUCCACGAGGGCGAGGACGACCUGGGCCGCGGUGGCAACCAGGCCAGCCUGGAGAACGGCAACGCGGGCCGCCGGCUCGCCUGCUGCGUGGUGGGCCUGUGCGGGCCGGGGCCCUGGGCGCGCAAGAUGCAGGAGCACGCGGAGCACAAGAAGCGGCGGCGAGAGAGCGAGUGCAAGGCCGGCUGAGCCCCCACCGGGCGCCCCGAGAGCUCCUUCCACGCCCCAGACCCACUCCACGUGCCCUGGGAGCCCCUCCACGCCCUGACACCCCCACAAGUGCCUGACAUCCCCUCCGAGUACCCCAAGACCCCUCGACGCCUGACACCUCUCCAGACUCCCGAGACUCCCUCCAUGUGGCCCAGGCCCCCUUCUACAUGGAUCUAUCUGUGCUGUGACACCUCUUCCAAGCACCCUCAGACCCUUCUACACCCUGACACCCCUCCAGGUGCCCCAGGAUCCCCUCUACACCCUGACUCUCCUCCAAGCUCCCAAGAUGCCUGCCAUGUGACCCAGGACCCCUUCUACACAUCCCAGGAUCCCUCCAUGCCUUGACACCACUCCAAGAACCCUGGGACACCUCUACACCCUGACACCUCUCCAAGUGCCCAAGAUCCCCUCCACGUGACCCAAGUCCCCACCCUCUCAUCUUGAUUUUUCUUCUGCUCCCAGAGACACUCCCUACUCUGAGGUACCACUUUUGCCAUGGCUAGGAUCUCCCCGAAAAUCCCCUCCACCCUGAGGUCUCCAACCAUGUAUACUGAGACACCCCCUUUCAUCCUGAGGGCACCCUGAGCUCUGAGAACCCCCAGAGAUAAUGAAAUAUCCCCAUUUACCCUGAGGGUCUUCCAGACUCCCCCCUUUCCACCCUGGCACCCCUGCCCUCACUCUGUGAGCCCUGAGAUCCCUCAAUGCCCUAAGAACCUACCUACCCCCACCCCCUUUAGGUUCCUCCUAGGCAGUCUGAGACCCCUCCUGAGGUUGCCUCUCCCCCUCCCCCUCCCCAGCAUGUGCAGUGCAGCCUGCACUUAGGCCCCCCUGCCCGGUGUCUCCAGCUAUUCCCCCAACCCCACACCCCAGAGAGCUGCUUCUCUGUGGGCUGUUUGGCAGUCUUCGUGUUGCACAUUAAAAACUUAGCAAUUCAGUACUGCAUGGGGGCCUUGGUUACUUUUUUGGUUUAUUUGAGGCUUCUCUCCCCACUCAGCUAUUUUUUGGGGGAAUGGCAAAGAUGUUUACCAAACCUCUUAGGACUUCUCCUUCUCUCCUGC